AAUACGAACCUGCUGCUCCCAAUGGGGAAGAAAACAAAACAGAACAACCAGUAGAAGCCGCCGUGCAGAGGCGGACGCCACCAGCUCCGGCCGCCGCGGAGGAAUGCGGCGGGGAGCAGCGGGGCCGCGGUGACGUUAGCUAAGCUGCUCUGCUCUGCUCGGCUCGUUUUAGUCAGAGGGGUCGCGGGAGGAGGAAUGGGGGUGUGGAGGGAGGGGGCGGGGUGGUGCUUCUGCUCCGGCGGCGGAGACGUGAGGUCGGAGCGCGUGAAGGCGGCGAUCUUCUCGGCGAAGGCCGCGGCGCUGGCCGCGGUCAGCGGGCAUGGCAGCGGGCUCCUGAUCCACCGGAACCUGCUGCUCACCACGCACGGCAACCUGCCGUCCGCGGCCGCCGCCGAGGACGCCGAGGCGCUGCUUGGACACGAACGCCUCGCCGCCCGCCUCGAGCCUCACAGAUUCUUCAUCACCAGCUCAAUUCUUGACCUUACAAUAGUGGGGCUUGAUUAUACAGAGAGCGACCCGACUCUGCAGGGUCAGCAACCUCACUAUUUGAAAACAUCCUGCAAACCAAGCCUAGAUCAUGGUAGUGUUGUUUACGUGCUGGGGCAUACGGGGAAAAAGGAACUGGUGAUUGGUGAGGGAAAAGUAGUGAUUGGCACAGACAACCUCUUAAAGCUUGCAACUGAUGGGGUGACAUGGUGCCCUGGGUCUGCUGGUUUCGAUGCCCAAGGGAACCUAGCGUUCAUGAUUUGUGAUCCGAUGAAGCUGGCCUCUUCCCCCACUGCACGAUCGUCCUCGGCAUCCUCAUCAUCUUCACAUUCAUGGAAGAAGGAUCACCAAAUGCAAUUCGGCAUCCCCAUAUCUGUAGUUUGCGAUUGGUUGUAUCAGCAUUGGAAGGGCAGCUUGGACGAGGUUAGCAAGCCAAAGUUACCUCUUGUUCGGCUGAUGUCCAGCAGGAGUGAUCACUCAAACACCUCUUUCACUCGCCAUCUUGUGUUCAAGCCUGACGACGAGAACGAUGAUGCAUCCGUUUGUUCAAAGCCUAAAUGUCAGCAAGCAUCAGGAAGCUCAGCCACCGCAAGGAUUUCGCAUGAAGCUAAUCAUCUAGUUGAUCUGCGCACAAACAAUGAGCAGGGGAUUGCAACGCCAGAAAUAUACGAGUCACCAAGGCAAAGUUCUUGUCUGGCUCAGAAGGAUGCUGCACCAAUUCAACUCUUGGACAUCCCACCCAGGGCUCCCAAGACUAUCUUUCUACCACUGCCUCUGAAACAAAUGCUUUCUGAUGAGAACAAUGUCGAAACAUCCAAGCCUAGAAAUCAAUCUAAAGAUAAUGGCUUUCCAUCAGGGCUCAUAUGGCACCGUAAUUAUGAGGCUGAUUGUAGGGACCCUCCAGUAGCUCUUCGGCACGAGGAUUGCAGCAGUGAGGGGCAGUCGAGCUCGUCACCCGUUGAGAUAUUGCAGUAUGGAGAUCAAGAGUAUAGCAGUGAGGAGGAAACAAUGUACUCAGCUGAAACCAUGGAAAGCAGGAACAUUCCAAGCCCCAGGGAAAAGCAUGUUGGGAGGAGCCAGAGCUGUGUCACCUACAGCAGGUGGAGCUCUCCAAGGACCUCGGCGAAACAAAACGGGUACUUACGAAAGCAGCAUACACUGAUCCCUGUGCGGAAGACACACUCUCAGAACACGGCUCUGCCACAGAGGAGUCAUGACUAUUUGAGCCCAACAGUCUCCUCGGCUAUGAAGAAGAGGAACUCUAUGGAACAGCAACAGCCCACAAAGCCUCGACGGAGCAUUGUUCAGUCUUCUCCAAAAUGGAUAUUUUGAUGGUUCUGCCUAUCUGGUUCUUUGGGUAGAAACGAUGAGCAAAGCAACGCCGGUUUUAAUGGAAAUCUACCGCUCCUAUGUUUCCUCCUCAAAACUGCUCUGUAGGUUGAUGCUCUCUUCCCUUGUUCUUUCUCUUUGGGAUUGUGUGUGCAGAAUGACUGGGAUAAAUAAAGGAAAAGAAAAGCAAAAAAUCAACAAGAAAGGUUACAGAUCAAAUGUAUUGAAGGCAUCAUGCGUGAGCUGCUGUGAAGAGAUGUAUCUUGGUAUGUAGAUUGGAUAAGAACUGCUGCAGGCUGUAGUAUUUAGCUUACCACGUUUAACUAAACAUUUCCAUAAUUAUCAGUUCUUUUUUGCCAACACAUGCUGCUUCUAUACUUUUG